AAGCAGUUGAUGAGCAGUCCGCCGCACGAUCGGUCUAUAUUCCGUAUCAUUUUUUUCUUCGUUUCGUUCUCAUCGUUUUCAUACAAAUCACACUCGAUUUUCCUGAUGUAUAUAUUAAACAUAGCAGGCGACGAUCAAUCUUUAUUUCAUAUUGAAUCGAAUUUUUAUCGUGUUGCAAAUUGUAUUCCACAACACAGACAGUGUGUUUUAUAUGGGAUCAAAUGACGAUAUCUUCAUUGAAAAAUUUAGUGCAAAGAAAAUUCUCGAAAACUGACGGAAAUAGUUGAAACGCAAAAAGUGAAAUUAAUGAAAAACAAAAUCGACGUUAUUAUCCUUGAGCUCAUUCAUGUGGAUGGUUUACGAAACAAUCUGUAAAUGAUCAAUAAUUAAGUGCUUGGAUGUGUUGUAAACAGGAUUCGUGCUCCAAUUGGAUUAUUUUCGGUUAUAUUCUUGAAUACUACAGUCGCUUCAAAGAGUUCAGUGGAAGGAGAUUUUGCAACUGGAUUUGCGUCCAAAAAGUGGCGACCAAAAUUGGCUUUCAACGCGCUUGUAUCAAUGUCACAAUGUGAAUCCAUCUUGUGUUUUAUUUUUAGAGAGCAAAAAAUAAGCGAAAUGCCCAAGUGAAUAACUGGAAUUCCUGUGAAAAAAUAGCGAUUACAAAAAUAAACGAAUGCGAAAGAAAAGAAAAUCACAAAACCGUGACUAAGCAUUUAAGCAAGCGAACGAGUUAGCAAGUAACAAUCCAUUUGCAUAUAUGUGUGUAAACAGUCAUCAAUAUAUUUGUUUUGUCAUCUGCGUUGCUGUUCUGAAGAGUUGGUAAAUUGAGAAGAAAAAAAUAUCCGGAAGUUAAAAGUUAUCGUCUUUAUUGUGCACUGGAGAGACAUCCGAAAAAGUAUUCAAAGAAUAGAGAAAUGAGAAGGAAAAUCGAUGUCGAAAUUCCAAUGGUGAAAGUGAAAAUAUGUGACUGUCAAAUAAAUAAAGCUGAUUCCCAUAACACAAACGGAACUGUGUCAAAGGGAGAAAAGUGAAUCACUUGAAAAGUAUGUGAAGUACCAUGUGGUUCAUCGUAUAUGCGAUUGUUAAACGGUUAUUCUCUAUCGAAACUGGGAAAACGUCAGAAAACUCUCCAUUGAAGUGAAUUAUUCAGGAAAAGAAAGAGAAAAAAAAAUUCUAUUUGAAAAAAAAGAGUCGGUUUUAAAAGUGUCGUUGACGUUGUGAAGCGCGCGUGAGAGACUGUGUAUCGCAUUGAAUUCAAAGUUCAGGCAUUUUGCAAAACAUAAAAGUGCUUGAGUGAGAGCUUCAGUUUUUGCCUUUGGUUUUUCCAACACCGCCCACAGAUCAAUCAUUCGGUUUAUACGUGUGUGUGUGUGUCGGUGUAUGCAUAUUGCCUGGCGUUCUGUUGAGCCAAUCAGCUGAAAAAUCAUGUGAUAAAUACGUGUGAAACUGAAUAGAAACGUGUGUAUAACUGCUACAUGAUAAAUGAAUUGUGCGGCAAGCAAAGUAUAUCUCAUUUUGGGCUCUCAAGGGAAACAUCCGAUAUAAUUAACGAUGUAUUGUGUGAAUAUAGAGCCAGUGCAUGUGUCGUUGUGACGACCGAACAAAUAUGCUUCGACUGAAUGUGUCUAAGACAAGCUACAGAAGCAGAAGCAGAAGAAGAAGAGGCAACGGAAACCACAUCAAUAUGAUAUCGUUGAAAGGAAUUUGUUUAUUCAUGGUGAUUAUAUCGAGCUGUUCGCUGUAUGCGAAUGGCAAAAAUGUGAACAAUUUAAAAGUGACGGAUUUACCGAACGAGGUCAAAGCGAAUCCGUAUGAAGUGCGAAAAACAAGAGGCACAAGUGACAAUGAAUAUUACGAUGAUGAAUUUGUGAUGGAAGAUAUGAGCCUGGUGCAACAGGAUCAACCGUCAUUUAUGCGUCAACCAUUUGAUCGUCUGUAUGGUCAAAUGCAACGAGAGCCACCGGCACAAGAGAAAUUCGAACAAAAACGACGAACGGGUAAUGGACAGCUACCGAACGUGCAAUUCACUCGCGAAGUGCAAAUUAAACAGGGCCGACUCAAGGGGUUGGUACGCGCAAUGCAUCCACAAACGGGUCUGAAAAAUGUACGACAAUAUUUAGGCAUUCCAUAUGCAGCCGCUCCAAUCGGAAAUGGCCGAUUUAUGCCACCAGGUGCGCCUCCACCAUGGAAUGGCUUGAAAAUGGCUGUUGAGCUAUCUCCAGUUUGCCCACAAAAUUUGCCAUCGUUGAAUAAUAGCCAACAACAUUUAACAACGGGCCGUUAUAACCACUUGAAACGUUUAAUGCGAUACCUACAAAACGAAAGUGAAGACUGCUUAUUUUUGAAUUUAUACGUGCCCGAAUGGUCGGGAAUUGGCCCAAGACCUAUAUACCCGGUUAUCGUGUUCGUCCACGGUGAGUCAUACGAGUGGAAUAGCGGAAACGCCUACGAUGGUUCAAUCCUUUCUAGCUACGGCCAAGUUAUUGUGGUUACGUUAAAUUAUCGCUUGGGCAUUUUGGGUUUCCUACAACCGGGAACCACCGGCCACACGGCAAACAAUUUCGGAUUAUUGGAUCAAAUAGCCGCCUUACAAUGGGUGAAAGAUAACAUAGCGGCAUUUGGUGGAGAUGUUGGUUCAGUCACUUUAAUGGGCACGGGCACUGGCAGUGCAUGUAUCAACCUUUUAAUGUUAUCACCAACUUGUGAAGGUUUAUUUCAUCGUGCUAUUUUGAUGUCUGGCUCAGCAAUGUCCGAUUGGGCUAUAUCCAAUCAUCCACAACAAUCGACGAUGCAAGUGCUACGAAGUCUUGACUGUCCGAUGCGAGAUGAUAAUGAUGAAAUGUUGACAUGUUUACAAAAGAAACGGUAUCAAGACAUUUUGAAAUCAUCAGUGCACGUGUCAUCGCCGGAAUUCACAACCACUUUUGGUCCGGUUGUUGAUAACUUUAUCGUUCCGAAUGACCCGCAGAAAAUGAUGCAGCACGGCCGAUUCAAGCGAUAUGACCUCCUCUUCGGUGUUACUGAAACAGAGUCAUACAACAGGAUCAAUGCAAUCGAAAUAAAGCAAGGAUUGUCGGAUCAUGAACGUGAUGAUUAUUUGCGGUUUUAUAUGCAGAAUCAAUUUGAUCGAGUUGCAGACGUUGCAAUGGAUUUGGCUCUAAAUACAUACACAUCUAAUAUUUGUACGAAUCCAAGGAAACCGACCCGCGAAGAAAAUCGUGAUAUUGUACUCGAAAUUCUUUCAGAUGCACGAUACGUUGCACCAUUGAUACAAACCGGAAACUAUCAUUCAAAACUCAAUCCACUAACAUACAUGUACUUGUUUAGUCAUAUCAGCAAAGCGGGCGAUUAUCCGAAUCUUUCACAAAGCAUAUCCGGUGAGGAAUUGCCAUACGUAUUUGGUGCUCCAUUGGCAUCAGCACGUCCAUUUCCAACGAGUUAUACGCCACAGGAGAGAUUGUUGUCCGAAGAAAUAAUGGUGUAUUGGACAAAUUUUGCCAAAACUGGAAAUCCAAAAGCGCCCGGUCGAGAUCAUUUUCUCAAUAUGGAUCCAUCGAAUUGGGAACAAUACGACAUCGACUGGCCGCCAUUUCAAGUCAACAAUUCAAGUUAUUUGAACAUUGGCAUACCACCCGUUGUUUCACGUAAUUAUCGUCAACAGUAUAUGAAUUUCUGGAAUAGCCUUUUGAGUGAGCAGUUGAAUGUUGAUGCGAAACCAGUGCAAGUGCCAACCGAACGCAAUGGCCUUGAAAGUACAUCAUUUGUAAAACCAUUGAUACCGCAUGUCAAUUACUAUUUGGACAAAUCAACCGAAAAUCCAAUACGACAAUUGCAAUAUUUAUUGCAUCACACCGGACUGAAUCGUUCCGAUAUGUAUGCGACACAGUCGACGGUUGAAACGCCACAGCAAACCGUAUUCGACACUGUAUUGGCAUCACCCGAAAACACAUUUGUGCUGGGCGAUAACAAAAUUAUCGUGAAAGCUGAUUCAACGUUGAAUGUCUUAAUCGCAAUGGUAAUUAUUUUCCUGGUCAUAAAUGUGAUAAUUAUCAGCAUUUACUUGGUACGACGGAAUUAUUUCAAGAAAAACCUGAAACAAAAGCUUGACAUUUUAUCGUUGGACGGAACAACUGACGAUGAUUUGAAACGGUCCAAUAAAUUCAAUGAUGGUGACGAAAGUUUCAUUUUGGAUAUUGUCCGACGAAAAAAUGAAUAUGUUCCGGUGAAACGUUAUCAUUCGCCCAUUAAUGGUUUUCUAUUGACACGACAUUACAGCACAAGCACCGUUGAUACGCAUACAAAAGUUUCUGAUUGGAUUUCGCACGAAGUGAAUCGGCAGAGUCCACAUUUGCGCUCGAAAUCACCCUCAUUUUCAUUCGGUACAACAAAUCAAUUCUUUGGCAAAAAGACAGACGAUAAUAACAGUGCUGAUAGUGGUGCACAUGGUGAACGACAGCCCAUUGAACUGAUGAAAUCAAAAUCAUUUGAGUUGGAUAGGAAGACGGAAAUUGUUUGCCAGGAGUUAAACGAUAGGGGGCCUAUGUUUGACCGAGUCAUUGCAUCAAAUGUAAACAAUUCACCAGAGAUAUCGGCUUGUGUUCUACAAAUCGACCAUCGACACACAAACUCCGAUCCAGUUGGCACGAUGAAAACGGCAUUUGCACAAAAUCCAAAUGAAAAAGUGACCAGUUUCAUCGAAGACGUUGAUAUGAAUGUCACAUCACGCGAUGAAUGCGACGGAGCAUCACAUUUCCCAUUGACACCAGAAGAAACGUUGAGAAUUUAUCAAAUGCGAAACUAUCCGAAAGUUUUGCCAAAAUAUCCAAAUGUAUCUAGCGAAUAUGUGUCCACAUCUUCAUUCAAACGACGAUCAAUGCCAUCCUAUCAACACAUGUUAAAUACGUAUGCAAAAUACCCGCCAGUGCCACCACCACGCACCUCAUCAACGCUCGAUCGAAUGGCAAUGAUGCGUCUUUCGGAUGGCAACAGAAGCGACCCGUUGCCAUUGGUCCCAGUUAUGGCACAACCAAUUCCAGAAGCAGUCGAAGAGCCUGAAACAAUAGCUAUCGCAGCAUUGCAUGUCGGUCCACUUUUGCCUGGCAGUAAAGAAAAUCUAUACUCAACAGUAAAUCGGAAAAAGUAUAAUCUCGACAACAAACAGCCAUGCAUCAUUGCUGCAGCACAAAUUGAAACACCGUCCGAACCAAUCGUGCAAUCACCGUCCACAGAAUGUACGAAAGAGCCAAAUAAACUCGACACUGCAAAUUCACAACCAAAAUCCAUCAUGAAACGACCAUUCAUACGACAAAACAUGUUGGACGGCAACACAACAACAACACCAGCAUCAGCAUUACCAACAACUUCGAAAAUUCCCAUCCUAAGUAGAUUAAGUGCGAGUGGGAAAAGUAGCAGUAGUUCAAGCAGUAAUAGUGAUAAUAAGUCUAGUGAUCCCAGCACCGACGAUUCGGCAAAGGAUUUAAUUGCCGAAUUGGAUCGCUCGGCUGCCUCAAUUACAUCGUCAGUGGAAACAUGCUCAAGUGCUGAAACUAUUAAGCAAAUAUUUUGAAGCGCAAAUAAAGGAGGAAAGGACGUAGAUUAUAAGCGAACGUAAUUAUAAAAAUUUAAAAUCAGUAUCAUACGUAUUUAGGAUAAACUCUUUGGUAUCUGGGCUCAAGAUGUUAUGUUUUAAUAAUUUACUUGAAUAACACACAGAUUUUGGUAGAUUC